CGAUUGUCAUGCGGCCCUCGUCCCCCUCGUCCCGUUAAAAGGACAAAAUAAAAGGUGCUCUCGUACGUUAGUAAGCCGUGCGUGGUACUUAAUUUUUCGUUAAUGAGUGCGUGUUUAAGUAUACACCCCAAGUACAAAGUGAAAAGUGGUGCAUUUUGAUAUACAAAACGGAGCAAGAGAGGAUAUAUAUAGUGUAUAUGUGUAGUGUGUGUUGUAUACUCUUCUGCUCCUCUCGCAUCGUAUAAUACCUAUACUUGACUUCUAUCGUCAGUCGGAGAGCUAGUCCGUCUAUAUACACAUUAGCGCCUAUUACUGUGUCUGUCUGGCUGGCGGUUAUCCUUUUGCUUUGAUUAAUCAAGCACUCGGCGGCGUCCUGGCCUCGAAAUUCGGCCCCGAUUGCGCUGGACCAGCGUCUCGUCCUUCAAGCUCGAGGUUAUGUUGGGGGAACCCAGCAGCAGCAGCAACUCGUUAUACUCCGCCGUUCUCGUGUCAUCGUCGCCGCUGUAACAGCUCGUUCAGCUGCUGCUGCUGCUGCUGCUGCUGCUACUAUUUGUGCUCUUCCUGAUGGUUCAUGUUCUGCCAAUUAUUGUCCUGCAGUUGCUCCUGUAGUAAAAUAGUACACAUCUGCAGUACUAAAUCUUACGCUGAUGAAAGCGAUUAUUUUUCUCAGCGCUGCUACCUUCAGCAGACAACAUUAAAGAAUCUAAAAGACUUUUUCUACACGGUAAGAUAUGAUGCUGGAUGUCGGAUUUGGAUCAGUGCAUCAUGAUGGUCGAGCCACCUUUUAGCUUAGAGGACGUUUGUAGACAGGCUCAGGAAAUGAUAAAUCAGGUUUCACGAAAUCAGAUAGACGUUCAAGGACAGGUUCAAGGUACUCCGAACAUUACCCUGGAUAACCUUUCAAGGUCAGCAGCAGUAAUAAGCCAAAAAAAGGAGCAGAGUUACUCAAAGGUCAAUAUUCAUUCCAAACUCGCAAAGCUGUACUUUGAAGAACUUUGCAAAGCCUCCCAAGGAACGCCAGAUUCUGUUUUGAAUAACCUUGAAAGUGAUAACGACCUACUGGGACGUUUAGUACAAAAAGACGGAUUGCAAACUUUGAUUGUUAAUCUCUUCGCUGGUAAUAAAGGUUACUCUUUAGCUGUCAGAAAUAGUCACAAGGGAAUCCAAUAUGACCAAAACACAUCAGUAUCGGAAACUCAGCUGAUGGGCUACGAACAGGGUGAAAUUCUCACCUGUAUCGAUAAUGGCCAAUUACCUGCAACGCUGGCCGAACAGCUAGAAGUAAAUCACUCUCAUUUGUUUCAUGAUGGUUGUAUCAUUGCCGAGGUACGCGACUAUCGCAAAGCUUACCCCCACAACAAACCAGAUGUACAUCAUGUUCUUCUUAAACCCAGCACACAGAGCGUCUUGUCGGAUGUAUCAACGCUCACCAGCGAUGGUGAUUGGAGUCACGAGGAGCGACUUCUAUUGGAAUCGCGAAUAGUGGCAGCCACACAGGGGCCAUUGUGUCUCGAUCCUGAUCCAAUACCGAGCCUGGCAACGACUCGCUUGCGUCAGUCGAAAGCUCUAUUGGCUGAUCAUCAGUUAAUGCGCCAGGCCAAAAAGUUUUCACAGGUCACAGUCAACCGCAAGAGGAAACUCGAGCAGUUGGCACAGCCGGAAGGCAUAACCAUACAGGAUCUCAUGCAAACGAUUCGGGCAAAACAAAAAUGGCCAGUUACCGGGACAGACUGUCCACCACCUUCAUUAGUUAUGCCUCCUCUCCCAGCUCCAAAUACUCCAGUGGACGUUCUAAGAUACGCGAAAGCUUAUGAACUGCCACGGGAAACAAAAGACUGCCUUCCACAACUCAUCGAAGAAUACAUAUUAGAAACUGAAAGAGGUCAAGGACGGAUUUAUCAUAUAAAAUUAUCCAUCCUGCAAAGACCUUCAAACUCCGAGUACCUGGGCGAACUUUUUGUAGAUAUCGAUUAUAGAGAAGGUGAAAAGAAGGGCUCGUCCUGCAGAUUUACUUUGGGCACGCGAGCUCAAGCGAACCACUACAUCCAACAAUUCACGGAAAUCUUUACGGAGGAGGGCAGAAAAAACGUCAAGAUACAGCACGUUGUACCGGGCCAGCCUCCGCGGGUUACUUGUACUCCGGGAAUGCAACGAGCUCAGCAGCAGCAACAACAACAGCUGCAACAACAACAACAACAACAACAACAGCAGCAGCAGCAAAUUCCAAAUGCUCAGAGGGUUCACCAACAAAUAAAGGCCCAACUGGUCGCUCAACAGCUGCAACAAGCUCAGUCGCAACGUGUUGCGCAGCAUAUCUUAUCGCGGGCUCAGGGUCAGUUGAACAACUUGACUGGUGGUCAGUUAAGCACUCUUGCGGGUCAAGUUGCCAACUCUAUCAAGGCAAUGUCGGAAGCGGCAGUCGUGUCCAACGCAAGGCAACACGUGCAGCAGCCAACAGUCACCAGCUUGGUCAACUGUUUGGACAGUGUGGCUCAAAACAUUCCUGGUCUUGUGCAAAACGAACCCGUAACCGUGAACGUUGACCAAACCAUGGCUGGUGCCUGUAACACAGUGACGCAGCGUAUUGCUCCUGUGGCGGCGACAGCGGCUCCACUGGCUGGUCAGACACUAGAUGGUACAACGACAGGUACCGUCACGAUGGCCAUUCCGGAUAUGGCACCGUGCAAUGGCUCUCCUGGUAUUUUAGUCUUCCAACAGAAACCCACGGCUGUCAUUGCUCCGAGCAACUCUUCCAAUGUUCCAGUAUUGCAAGCACAACUGCAAGCGGGAACUUUAAAUAAUUUGGCCGACGCGAGCAAUCACAAUGACGCAGCACUCCAAAGGAACUCGAGUCAAGCUAUAAAUGCUCUUGCGACCUCCCUUAUGAAUUCUGCCCAGCAGUUUACACAGCAACAAGCAGCUGCAGCAGCAGCAGCUGCUUCCAUGAACAAUGCUGCUGCUGCUGCUGCUGCUGCUGUUGCAGCUCCGAAACCAAAUAGCAACGCUGCAAUUCUUAGCCUUCUGAACAGUAGCCCUGCCAAUAUGACCCAACAAAAGAAUCAAUCGCGUAGGAUAUCUUUAAGUACUGCUUCGAUACCCCAACGAGUACUUAGUCACGGCAACGUGAUAACCGUUCCAAGCACAACGGGACAGGUUCGAGUAAGUUUUAGUUCGGCCUUAGCAGCUAAUCAGUUGACGAAACAGCAACCAGUCAAGGCAACCGCAGUCAGACUGGCUCGAAUGCCGGAUGCCACGUCAACAUUGGGCAUGUCGAUGCCUGGACUGUCGGCCCUACUGGCUGGCACUCCUACCGAAGAUAACCCAGUACCUGGUAUUACUACAGCCUCCUCGCUGUUCGAGAGGCUCACGGCAUCGUCGACUAAUCAGAGUAGUCAGCCGGCGAGUCCCAUGACUAGUCCACCGCCCGCGACACCACCCACGCAAUCCGUUCAGCAGCAGCAAACGACGAACGUUAAUCUUCAAGGUGUUAACCUCGCUAGUCUACCAAAUUCUAUUAACGGUCUUCAAAACGUUCAGGUUUCUAUUCCCGGUUUAUCACAACCUAUUACCAUGUCUCUGAACGUCUCGGCGGCAGCUGGCGGUAAUGUUGUCACGCCGACUGGCGUCAUAGUUUCUCUUCCAAUAUCGUCGGCAACCAAUACUUGUUCAACUGUAUCUAGUAUGGUACCUGCGACAGUUGUCACGAGUGCUGUAGCCGGAAAUACAUCAACAGUAGUUAUAACUAAUCCUGCCAAUGCUCAUUUAUCGUUACCAAUCGCACAAUUAAUCCCUUCCGGAGUAAAAGGUUUAACCCAACAAAAUAUACGUAGUAAUAAUGCUGCUGUCACUCUCUCUCAGGGAGGACAGGCUAUACAACUUGUUGGAUCUCAAAGGUCAAGACUGGGUCAGUUGGCGCGUCAGGUUCAGUCUAAUCAAGCCAAAUCCUUGUCAAACCAGCUGAUGGUUUCGAAAGCCGUUACGGCAAAUCAGCUCGUAUUAUCUAGAAAUAAGCAAAUCCUUACUCCGAUAAUGGUAGCAGCUUCAAAGCCAAUGUUGAUGGCAACUCAGGCGGGCACUUCUCCAUCACAGUCUGGGUUAUCAGGUGUUACGAAUAAGCAGACUCUACUGGCCAAGUCUCUACAUGCUAGGUCUGCAACAGCUGCGACGAUAGGGCAGUGCAACACUCAGGCACAGGCUCUCAACGCAGUAGCUGGUUUGUCUCAGCAACAGCUGCAACAGAUACAGCAGUGCCUUGCCGCGCAACAAAAGGUAAACGCCUCGGCGACGGGCAGGACGACGCAGAUCCAGCCACGAGGCAGCGCUGGCAACGACGACGUACUCUGAGCUAUGCUCAUAGACAGUGCUAUUUUUCUUCUUACUACACUUCCUUGUGCUCCUCUCUGGGCCGUCGACGGGAGGAAGAGGCAAAUAAAUGGACUGUCGCCUCAUUGUAUGGCCUCGAGAUUAUAAAUCGAAUGAAGAUUAUCAAUGAACAUAUUUGUAUAAAGUAUUUUUUUGCGAGACUCGAAACACAGUUGUUGCGUUGACUGUAUUUUCGGAAAACGAUUGGGAUGAGUGAAAAAAAAAAGAGAGUAUGAGACAAAUGAUUAUGACGAUAAAAAAAAAGUUAUCGAAAAUCAAUUUUUCGCCUCGUUUGUUAAACUCACGUUCAUUAUGUGUGCGAGAAAAGGUUUUAAUUAUUGUAGAUACAUACGUGCGUAUACAUAAAAAAAAAUAUAUAUAUAUAAAUAUAUAAAUAUGAUAUAAAAUUUGUUUUAUAUUAAAAAGCGUAAUAAAUAUUUCAUUUUUAUUUAUCUUGUUUUUUUUACUCUUCUGUUACGUGUGAUGUGCCCUGCAUGUCGUACGUAACACUUCUAUCAUAAUUUAAAUUUUCACGGUUUGGGAGCAAUACGUUCGAAACGAAUAUAUGCACAUAAGCAGGAGCAGAAGUACUUAAUUAGAAAAAAAAGAAGUAUAAGAGAGUGAAUUUUAUUUUCAUAUUAAUGCUAUCAUCCAGCAUCAUCAGCAAUAUCAUUUCGUACUUUGAGAAUCAUAAAAAUGGAAUUUCUCUUAUGAAUGCAUUUGAAAAAUCUAAAAUAAAUAAAAUCAUUUAAAAUCUAGCGUCAUUU